CUGAAAUCUCUCUAUAAUUCGAAAAACACACAGCAUCGCUUACUAGCUUCUGAAAAUGAAUAGAUCGCCUCGUGGAAGAGAAAAUUUUUAUCUCGAAAUGGAAUCAGCUAGAAACGAUACUGAAGCAGAAAUGUACCAUGAUGUAGUUGGCGCGAUUUCAUCAAAGCCAAAGAGCUCUGAGAAAAUUCUGUUGGGGGGAGAUGAAAGGCAAACAGGAACUACAGAGAGUGCCAUUCAAGUUCUAAAUUAUGCCCUGCAUUCACAAGCUGCUGUGGUGCGUCGUCUUCUGUGCAUUUCGGUCGCUGUUGUUACUGUUGCUUUCCUGACAGCGGCCGCCACUUUGGUAUUAGCAUUAUUCUUGAUGUUACAUGGAACAAACAACAUGGCGGUGUCAUCAAACAAUGACGACCCUUUGCAAGAGUCGAAGCUAUCACGGUCGAAAUUUGAGGCUGACCUAAAGGCAGUGAAGCAGAACAUCUCCACAAUUCAGUCACGCGCUGCUGAUAAAGCGUUUGCCGGGGAACUCGAGAAACUGAAAGCAAAGAUUAGUGAGAUCGGAGAGAAGGUUACAAAUUUGGACAAGGGUAACAUCUCAGAUAAUGUCCAGAAACAAGAUGAGGCAAAGCUCGACUUGGAGAUUGUAAAAUCAGUGAAUGCCACUGUAACUGGAAAGCUGAGAGACGUUCAGCAAGACAUAACCAGGCUAGAGCAAAUGGUAAUAAAAAUAAGCAAAGAUCCGGGACCGAGGGGACCACGUGGAUUCAAUGGUACAAAUGGUCUUCCUGGACGACCCGGAUAUAGCAAUUGGACACUCUGUUCUUACAAACACCAAGCCAGUGCUGGUGUAUCUCCAUCAGUCCAUGCAAAUCAAGAGGUGCAAAUAACUGAACCAAAUGGUAAAAAGUUUUUGGGUGUUACCUGUGACACCAAUGACGCAAAAUUUGUGCAGAUGACGAGCACUACCUCUAAAUACAGUAUAAAUUACAAAUGCACAUGCACUGAAACUUUACGGAGUGGGUUCUUAAAAAUGUACUGCUACCUACACUACUGGGAAUGCCCAACUUAAAUAAGACAGGGGUAAAUGUGCCAUGAAUAUUCGCUUUUAAUCGUAGUUAGUUAAAAGAAGGGGUAAGUCUAUCAUUUUACGUCAACACAGCCAUGUCCUUUUAAGCUUUGCGAUGGAAGAUUAACUCACUCGAUUCAAUAUUACGACAUUGUCAAUCAUUUAAGCCAAAGCUGAUCUGGUGUUUGAUUGGCACGAUACUGCAUAUGCAUGCGAUGCGCAGAAAGUCAAAACCCUCUCGCGGCGCUGAGCUUUUUGAAGAACAUAGUCGUUCAAUCUAUUUUCUACCAAAGAGAUUCAGGUGAUAAUUAUAAGCAAGGAGAAAUAUUCAAUUGAAAAAUCGCCGCAUGGAAUGAGGUAUGUUGAAAUAGACGCCAGCGGUGUAAAUCUAUUUUCGCAUUUCGCUUAGCUGAUGCAAUCCUCCCUAAAAAUAACUGAUUUUACGAGUAAAUGUAAAAUGACAUGAAAUAAAACACAUUG